UUCUGUUUUCAGAAAAAUGAUAAAUUGAAGACUAUUAUUAUCUAUAUAUUAAGAUUUGCAGAACACCCUACUCUCAAGUUUAUUUUAAGGUUGGACUAAAGACGUAUGAUGGCUGAAUCUGGAGAUAUCUCUAAUUUACCUGGAAACCUGUCCAAGAUGUCUGUAUCUGCCCACAAAGUAGAGAAGAACUACACUUUGAAUACAAAGAUCAGUUAUACCAAAUGUUUCUCCUGCAGAUAUGAUAUUGGUUUCUCCAAGGAUGCGUUAGUUUGUAACUGUAGUUUACAUUGGUACUGUAGUACACAGUGCAGGGAUCAAUGUAAGGAUGAACAUUGCCUUCAAAGUCGUGAACUUGUCAGCUGUACAUCUCUUAAAUACUUCUUUUCAGCGGUUCUAUAUUUUCAUGACACAAAGGCUCUAAACAUGGUUAAAGAGUACAUAAGUUCUAAAGCAGGAGUAUCCAGGAAGGAUAUGAAGAAGCUGGCUGAGGCAGGUGACUGGAAAGCUGCUCUGAUCAUAGGUUUAACCUAUGAGUUCAGGUUUGUCCUUGACUGGGAUGAAUGUAAGCUAGCAAUCCGUCCUCCCUUCAUGAAGAGCCGACCUUUUAGUGACAGGAAAGCUAUAAAAUACUACAAUAUGGCUGCAGAAGAAAACUCGGUUGAAGGAUUUGCUGCAUUGGGAAGGAUACUUAUUAUCCAGAGGGAUAUGAGUCGGGCAAUGAAAGAUUAUCUUAUGAAGAGUUCCAACAGGUUUAUGACUUCUCAGGAUGUUCUUCGCUUCUAUUGUUUUCAAGAUCUAGUCGGCACACUAAUAUACUGCAAGCAGGAGUAUAAGCAAGGAGAAGAACUGGAGGUACUCAGUUACGGCAUGACAGGACUAAUACUAUUCAGAUUAAUCUUUCUUAAUGAUUCCAAAUCCUCAAAAAUUCUUCUCAAUGAACUGUUACUCUUCCCCAAGAUAGCAGGUGUUUUUUUUUUUCUGAAAUCUUGCAAUCCUGAACCUACGAUAGUAAGUGUCUCUGUAAAAGAUCAUGUCAUGAGAUUGAGCAAUGAUGGUGGGUUCAGACCAGUGGAGAACCCUAUCUUUAUCCAGAAGGCUGAUCUCUACAAUGAAAAGGAUAACACUGUACCAAGGAUAGAUCCUGGAGUAAGGAUGGAUGCUAAGGCUGUAUUUGAUCAAGGAUAUUUACAGAGACUGCACCAUGAUCAAACAAUGUAUAGCUGUGAGCAUGUUGUAAUGAGUAUUGGGAACUCCUGCACUGAUUGUGCUCAGCUGGCUCGGGAAAGGAUUUUAAGUGUUUAUGAGAACAGUUUUCUUUUCAGUGAAGAUGAAUCAUUUACUGGUUCAGUCUACAGUGUUAUCUAUACCCUGAAGUCAGGAUUGAAGAAACAAGAUUACUUCUGGAACUAUGGAAAAUAUGAAGUCAUAACUGCUAUCCGUGUUAUGGCUCUUCAGCCCAUGGAUCUACAUCCUCUACAGCUUGCUAAGGAUCCUGACAUGUACUGGCCAAUUGUUCACUACUAUGGGUCUGUGUACUCUGCGUUGAAGGAAAUCCUGGAUGGAAAGACGGUUGACAGUAUCUAUGAGAAUAUCCCGGAGUUUACUCCUGUGCCAGAGAGAAUAAAUAAAGUUGAUGUGAAACAGUUUGUGAUCAACUGUGGACACUUCCCCUGCGUUCAUCUUGACUGGGAGUUCAAGUUCAAGCAAUGUACCAGGUGUAAGCUGAGACGAUACUGUAGUCCAAGCUGUCAGAAGCUUGACUGGAAACUACACAAGAAGGAAUGCUUUCUCCGUCCUGGAAAGGAGAAUACAGAUGCCGAGGUGGAUUAGAUGAAGACUGAGUCCUGUCAUCAGAACCUUGAGUUCCUGGACUUCCUGGAUCUUCUUUAUUGAAAAUGUGGAAUUAUGUCACUAUCCAAUGAUUAUUCUUUGUAAAAUAUCCUCUUUUUCUCUAGUUAUUUGUAUAUCAUAAUUAUCCUUGUAAAUUCAUUUUCUUAAAAUUGUUAGUAUAUCAUAAUGCAAGAGCACAAUUUAAUUCUUUAGUUUGUUUAUUUUAAUAUUUAGAAUUUAAAUGUAGAUUUUGAUAUAUCA